AAAAAAGUAACUUGCCUGAGGUCACAUGAAUUUGAUAGAAUAAGAUUAGAAUCCAGUUCCCUUGCUUUUCAGUCCACUGUUGUUUCUUUUUUCAUGGAAAAUGCUACCAAACACAACUGAAUAUCUUUAUCUACCAAUCUCCUAGCCCCACCCUAAUCCUAUCAGCAAAUUGCCAUUGGGCCUUCAGUUUACUUAUGUAAUAUUAAAUUUCCUAAAAUAUCCCACUUUUUUAUACAUAGCUUUCCUUUCACAACUUCCCAUUCCAAAUAGAGCAAAAUCCAAACUCCAAAUUGGUUGGCUUUUGCUGUAGCAGCACAGUGUAAAAGUUGGGGGAAACUUCUGCCUGUAUUUUCACUAACAAGCUCUUUCCACAGGUAACACUUUGAUCCAGCCCAGUGAAACUUCUUGUCAACACACACACCAUGCUGUCUGAGACUUCCUAUUCCUUCUGACUAGAGUGUCCUUCCUCCUAAUCGACCUGGUACACUUUAAUGACCUGUUCCCCUUCUGGACUGGUUGCUUCUAGCACAGAGUAGAGACCUGGCUUGAGUCACACAGUAAUUGAAUGAGUGAAUUUUGUGUGUCCAGCACCUAGGGCAUAGCCCUCUGAAAGGUUCGCUGAAUGACUGUUGUCUUUGGAAAAUCACAGAAAUGUAACUUACUCGUCAGAACUGUAAGCAACAAUUUACCAAAACUUUUCUAUUUGGAGGAAAAAUAAGUAAAUAUAUUGGCUCACUCAGCCUUUUUUUCUCCUUUUUUCUUUCAUUCUAGUUCAGAUGUUAUGACUCUGCUAUUGUCACUCCCUCUGUGAACUCCACAUUCUCCCAGCACCCCUGCCCCUGACACUUGUGGGAGAGGAAUCCCCAAAUUCCUUAGGGGCUCCAUCACUGGAGCAAGUUCUCAGUAGCAGAAGAAGGUCUGGGCUGCAAACAGGAAGUUUUUGUACUUCUGGCCACUUUGUGCCUGGGGCAAAAACUGCAGAGUCCACCUGGAGAUUGCAAGAGAGAAUGACAGAACAAAACUAACCUUCCCUUAACCCCAUCUGAAGCUUUUCUGUGUAGACAUUCUGACCCAGUAUCACUUAGGGCUUCUCUUUCCAGAACUGGCGUCUAGCAGGCACAUCAGAAGGGCAUCCAGCAAAGCAUCAGUUUUCCAAGAAAUAACUUCACCAAGAUGUCCAGUGAUCGGCAAAGGUCCGAUGAUGAGAGCCCCAGCACCAGCAGUGGUAGUUCAGAUGCGGACCAGCGAGACCCAGCCGCUCCAGAGCCUGAAGAACAAGAAGAAAGAAAACCUUCUGCCACCCAGCAGAAGAAAAACACAAAACUCUCUAGCAAAACCACUGCUAAGUUAUCCACUAGUGCUAAAAGAAUUCAGAAGGAGCUAGCUGAAAUAACCCUUGAUCCUCCUCCUAACUGCAGUGCUGGGCCUAAAGGAGAUAACAUUUAUGAAUGGAGAUCGACUAUACUUGGUCCACCAGGUUCUGUAUAUGAAGGUGGUGUGUUUUUUCUGGAUAUCACAUUUUCAUCUGAUUAUCCAUUUAAGCCACCAAAGGUUACUUUCCGCACCAGAAUCUAUCACUGCAACAUCAAUAGUCAGGGAGUCAUCUGCCUGGACAUCCUUAAAGACAACUGGAGUCCUGCUUUGACUAUUUCAAAGGUUUUGCUGUCAAUUUGUUCUCUUUUGACAGACUGCAACCCUGAUUGGAGUUUACUCUUAAUUGCCAAGAAGGACAUAACUUCCAGAAUUCAUCCUCUUCAAACUUUCCUGUUCACUGGAAUAACGAAGCCAUUAAACAGUGGUGUCAAGAAGCCUCAUCCAGUGGUUGGAGCUCGGUAGGAAACAAGGAAGCAGGCAGGUGUGGAUCCAGUAGACCAGCUGCACUCAGACCUGCCCAGUUUCACUAAAGGGGGUGGGGAAGUGGGGAGGCAAAUUUUAAAUUAAAUCGGUACUGAAGCAGAUCUGAUGUGACUGUGACAAUCUUCCAGUGAAUAUUUGUUUAUCUUAAUUUAAAUAGUCACGUGUUAAAAAUGUGAGUGUCAGAUUUACUUCCUCCCAAGGCCACUCAGCUAUGCUUCUUGUAGUCUUUGGAAGGGAUGAAGAGGAAACACAGAGCCACACUUUAAUGAUGGUGCUAGACGUUUGUGAAAGCUAAGUGUAAUCGUAGAAACAUUUUAUUUUAUAUUUUUAUUCCAGAGUAAAUGCAGUGUACUGCGUGAGCAGGUUUAGAUAAAUGUUUCGUGAUAUGCCAGAAAGGUUACACAUACAUUUGCUUAAAGAAACUCUCCCUCUGGAUUUAAUAAAAUUCUAGCCACAAAGAGGUACAAAAUUUAACUCACGGGAUGUAAUGAAAAACCUAGAAAACUUACUUCCCACACAUUUUCCUUCCCUUCCCUCCCUUCCCCUGCCUUGUCUUCUUCCCCAUCGCCGCCCCCCACCCCCAGCUUUGCUUGCCAUGGUUGUAGGAAAAGAAGAGCAGCUGAGCACAUCGUUACGUUGUUCCUUUAAACUCUGAAUCAGAGGGAGGUUUUCUGGCAUCUCCCAAAGCUACAGUGCUGAGGAGCUUGUUGCUACCCACCGCACAUCAUCCCACAACUUCUGAUUAAAUGUCUUGAGAAUUGGCCGGUAUUUUUAAUUGAACACGGGAAAACUUAAAUAUACAGGAAGUGUACCUUUGUUUUUUAAUUCAUUUGUAUAUUUUCUUGAUGCUUCGCAUAAAGACCAAAAGGUGCUUUGGCUUCUCUUUGCCCCCACCAGAACUGUGGAGUUAUUGUGGGGUGUAUGGUAUUCCAUAGCACACCAUAGAUCUCCACUAGAUGUCAGUGUGUCACCAAAUGAAACCAGUUCAGCGCGCUCUCCAGACCUGUUCUUGAAACAUUGAAAAUGGGAACUCAUCUGUUACUUUUUAACCAGAAUGAUACAGAGAACUUUUAGUAUACAGGUUAAUAAUAAGUUAUAUUUGUCAAUCCUAAUAAAAAUGAAAUCUUUAAAAAAUGUUGUACCUUUCAUCUGAGGAUUUUAAAAUGCUUUGCUUAUAUUCUAGUUUUUGCAAUGAUAUCCCCAAAGAGAUAGAAUGCAAGUAUUCAUUUUACAUUUUACGGUAAAGUACCUGAAGUGCAAGGGGACAAAAUGAUUGGCUCAAGAUCACACAGACGACAUCUGCUAAACCCAGGCUGGUAUUUCUGCCAUCACAGAACCUACUCUACCUAAAUAGUGCUGCUUGCUCCUUUGGCGUGGAAAGUGUACUUGGGUGCAGAUGCCCUUUAUUUCUCAUGUGUAUUAACCACUUUGCCUAAAAAACAAGCUCAAGAAAAGUGGAAUGAUAAUUAAGAAUGAUUGAAGAUUAUUGAUUCAAUUAGUAUGGAGAUAAUUAAGAUGUAAUUUUAAGGUUUUAUAAAGAUUGCACAAAGAAAAUGUGCUAAACGAUGUAGAUAACUUUAAAAAUUUAUAGCAGUGUUUUACCUAUGCUAUUUUACAGAUGGUGAACUCAGACCAAUGUUAGCCUUGUCAUAGUUCAUAUGCUCCAGCGCAGAAGGAAAGAAACGCAGUUGUAGUUUGGUCUGGAAGGUUGAAGCUCUUGGGUAUCUUGGGAUUGAUGGACAUAUUGUGUUUUGUAGGUUUUACACUGUAUAAUUUUCUUAAAGAGUAUACAUACAGUCCUGUAUAUGAGGAUUUAAAUAGUGAUUUUAUCAAAAUUGUGUAAAUACACAAGUUACAACUAUGUAGAAAUGUUUGUGGAUAAAGAUUAAAAGAUAACACAUUAGGGUGGUGAGAUUAUGGGUGAAUUUAAUCUUCCCCUCUCUAUGUGGUAACAUUGUUUUUAUAAUAUAAAGGGGAAAAUGGUUUUUAUUGUCCUGUAAAAAUUUGCCACAAUCUCUACUUUAGAAAGGCUUGUUUCCUGUCAAUGAGGUACCUUCUAAACAACUGAAAUUCAAAAGAUUUGGUUUGGUUUAUUUACUUCAGUUGUUCUAAUUUAAUCACAGAAACCAAGGUUAAACUGGCAGAAGUACAUAUUUUCAAACCUUACUGGGAAUUUUGAGCGAAAAUAAAUGAUUGCCCCAAUCCCAACAGGCUGUUUGCUGGCAAUGUUCAGUGCAUUGUCGAUGUUCAUACUGAUGAAGAAAUGUUUAAUAAAUGUAGCUGUCUUCAA